CGUGAGCCGGAGCACCGCUUUUGGAGAGGAGGCGACUAGACGAAAUCCCUACGUGGCGAAGUGAACUCUAAACCUGUGGAUAAUCAUGUGCCUGUAUAAAAUGACUGGACGGCAUGUCCACACAACUAUGCUCGGAUUCAUUCUUGGAGCAUGUGUCGUAAACCCAGGAUCAUCGUGCAACACACAGCUGCCACGCAUGGGACCUCGGUUGCUUCAUGCGAAAGCACUUUUUGGAAAAGUCUUUCGAGUAUGCAAGGAAGACCUUGUUGCAUAUGCCAAGACCAUUCCAUCCGACAAGUUGCGCAUAGUAAUGCAAAUGGGAUGCGCUCAGUAUAACAUAUGCAAAGCGUUGAUACGAACAGAAGCACAGCAGUCUUACGAGUGCAUGUUACAACCAGUGCAUAACGAGAGUUCGUUAUAUUACACUCGCCUGAACUUGACAAAGGAACACAUGCAUGCAGCGGACAAGGCCAUGGCUUGUGCUUGGAAGGUUGUUGGUAACUCCACUACCUACAUUCAAGCGCUCGACGAUGCUGCUGCGCUUGUACGCCACGCUGCUUUGAAUUUUGGGUGGACCUGAACGAAUAAAACGUCGCGUAGAAAGUGCGCUCCAUUUGCUGCA